AUGCGCCUCUCCGGUAUUACAGCGCUGACCGUUCUGAGUGUCUUGGCUGCUCCGGCUGCGUCCCAACCCGCGAACGCUGCAGGUCUGGUCGUCCGGCAAAACAAUGGUAGCGAUGGUGAGUACCCCGGAGUGGCACUGGCUGACCUCACAGGGAGCGAUACUUCGACCUCCGCCGACGCAACGCCCUCGACCUCGCCCACCGCGGCUGAUCCCUCAACCUCUGAUGAGCCUACCGCUGAGCCUUCGUCGGAUCCCGAUACAUCAACGGUGACGUCUUCCGCAUCCGAAACGCCAUCUGCAAACCCAUCGCCAUCGCCAUCGCCAUCGCCAUCGCCUGAGCCAUCGCCAUCGCCUGAGCCAACUACUUCGAACCCGCCUUCCCCGGCACCUUCCGACCCCGCGGAGCCAUCCCCAACUUCGGCUUCACCGUCACCCACCGUCACCGACGAUCCCACUCCAUCUCCGUCCGACACCCUGGAGCCAUCUUCAACUUCGAACCCAUCGCCCACAACCUCAAACCCACCACCGACUACCUCGAACUCCCCAACUACUGAUGCCCCGCCCUCUGCGACUGAUAGCCCCAGUGCGUCUCCCUCCCCCUCUCCUGCGGAGCCGGAGCCCAGCUCUGCUGGUCCCCCCGAGCCAAGUCCCGAACCGAGCGAGCCCAGCCCAGCUGAGCCGAGCACGAGCGCGCAGCCGACGACUCCGUCGGACACGCCAUCGCAAGCGCCGACGCCUCCGGACGACACGACGACGGUCGACUCCCCCACGCCCUCGAACACGAAUACGGGCAAUCCCACGACACCACCGACUCCGUUCCCUGGUCCAUCGACUACGCCCGCCACCCCGGUCCCUGGAACGAGCACGCCGGACACCAGUCCCGAUGACGGCGACAAUGUGACCCGGACCACUGUCCCGGGGCCGCUCACAACGAGCGUCCCGCAGGCAGCGACAACUACAACACCCUCCCCGUUCGACACGACCGGCACUUCCCAGAAUCAGAACACGGACACGGACCCUGACACGGGCACGAACACUGCAGUGCCGACCCAGAACCCGAACACCAACACUGGAACCCCGCAGACACCCUUCCCAACCACAACGCCGCAGACCCCGGGCCCUGGUACGACCACACCGCAAACUCCUGGUCCCGGUACAACCACGCCGCAGACUCCCGGACCUGGUACCAGCGACGGCGGCGGAGACAACACGCGGACCACCAUCCCCGGCCCCGGCACCACUGACGGGGGUGGUGGAACUACGCCUGCCACUCCCAUUCCUGGUGGGAGCACGCCGAACACCCCUCCCCCCGGCACAACUCAGGGCGGAGGUGGUACGCGCACGACAAUCCCCGGCCCAAUCUCCACUGACGGCCCCCCAGGCCAGACCACGGCAGGCGGAGGCGGACCGAACACUGGUGGUGGGCAGAACACGGGCGGUGGGCAGAACACUGGCGGCGGAGGUGGUACCGGGCAGACGACUGGUGGCGGCGGCGGUGUGAUCAUUGGCGGAGGCGGCGGCGGCGGCGACUCGGGCGGCCAGCAGACCCAGGGAGGAGGCGGUGGUGGCGGCGCAAAUCCGACUCCCGGCCAGACACAGGGAGGCGGCGGCGGUGGUGGUGUUCAGCAGACCCAAGGCGGAGGAGGGGGAGGCGCCAACCCGACGCCGGGCGGCGGGCAGACCCAAGGUGGAACUGGCGGGCAGACCCAGGGCGGAGGAGGUGGCGGCCAAGUGCAGGGAGGGACGGGGCAGACCCAAGGAGGCACUGGUCAAACGCAGGGCGGUACAGGUGGUCAGACGCAGGGUGGUACAGGUGGUCAGACGCAGGGCGGUACCGGUGGCCAGCAGCAGGGCGGCGGUGGCGGCGGAGUCAUCGUCGGCGGCACUGGAGACAACGCCGGCAACACUGGCAACACUGGAAACACUGGAAACACCGGUGGCACGGGCACAAACUCCGGCAACACCCCUGCCCAGCAAGGUCAGCAGGGCGGCCAGCAGCAAGCCGGAGGCGCAGGCAAGGUCGAUCCGAACCUGCCGACUGCAACUGCGCCGGCCGUUGCGACCGGCACCCUGCCCGCGAUCACGAUCACGAAGGUCGUCACCGCGCCCAGCCUCAUCACGCAGGGCGGCUCAGUCGUCACCACCCGUGUCCCCCGCACUGUCGUAGUCGUUGUGGCCGCACCUGACGCAACUGCAGUGCAGAGGGUAGGCAACAUUGUCACCGUCACCAUCACAGCCACUGGUCCCGGCGCAACGGACGCGGACCUCGGCACUGUUCCGAUCACGAUGACGGGGACGCAGACUGCCCAGGGCGGCAACCUCGUCGUUAAGACUUUCACGAGCUCGGUUCGCAUGACCCAGGAGGCGACCGAGACGGCUCAGGACCCCGGAGGCAAGCUCCAGCCUGCCUCGGCGCCGAGGAGGGCUCACAUGCCCGCUGCGCUUGCUGUGGUUGGCGGCAUGCUUGGGGCCGCUGCCGUUUUCCUUUAA